AUGGGCGCCAGGUUUAGCAAAGUUAGCUGCACCUGCACGAUCGACUGCCAUCAACCUGGUGUCGUGCACGACCACAGCAAUGGAGUCGGUCCCUGCCAGCGAUGCAAUCAGUUGCGCCGUCUGCGUGCGGGAGCCCAGUCGCGCGCCUCUGCUGCAAGCACCAGCACCGAGUACCUGGCGCGUCCGCGAUACCACACCUCCCCAAGCCCAGACCCUGAUCUAGCUCGCCGCCUCAUCCCCCACCCCCGCAGCACCCUCGCCCAUCCGCAGCGACGCGCCCGCCACCGCCGCCGCGCCGUCUCCCUCCCCUCCUUCGUCAGCACCACCACCAGCGGCCUAACCUCGAGCUCCAACCCAGCCCCCAGAACCCCCAGCCUGCGCCUCACCCCGAGCCCCAUCCCCAGCCCUACCCCAAGCCCUGCCCCAAGCACCAGCGGCUCGCUGUCUAUCCUCUCCAACCUCACCAUCCCCGGCGCCCGCGCGCGACGCAACACGGUCGCUGCUGGGUUUGUGGUUGCUGGCCAGAGCAGUGUUGGCUAUGCCAAUGCCAAUCGUGGUGGUGGAGGACCCAGCGCGAGCGCUGCUGCCGCUGCCAUCGAGGCUAGCGCGCCCACCGCGUCGAAUAUCUCGCAGUCGAGCACGGCUAUGUGGCGCGGGACGGAGGGGGCUGGGCCGAUGGUUGUUUAUACCGGGGAGGGGGGGGAAGGUGAGGAGGAGGAGCAGAGUGACUGGGGCUUUUGGGCUUAG